AUGUCUGAUAGUAAAAUUAUUCCUAGAAAUCAUGGCAGAUCAAAAACCAAAACAAGUAUGAGAAUCUUUUCAAGAAAUAGGUGAGAAUUUAUAAAUACAAUAUAAAAAACCAUCAAAUGCAAAUGAAAGAUUAGUCGUUAAUAAAUUAGGUAUGAAAUUUGAUCCAGUUUGUUGGAAAAAGAAUCAUGAAAAAGGUAGAAUAUCAUUUGUUUGUAUUGUAAAUCUAUAAAAUUAUCUAAAAGGAAUCUAAUUGUAAUGCUGAUAGAAGACUAGGUUGUGCUCAUUGUAUUAUUGAAGAACAUGAUUAACAUAUUUCUAACAAAGUUACUGUAGAAUAAUAUUGUGAUUCUUUUGAAAAUAAUUUCAAAUGUUAUCUAUUUUAAGUAAUCUUUUGUCAUUCUAAAUAGGUAGCUAAAUUAGAAGAAUAUUAUAAUAAAUGUAAAAUGAUAGACUUAAUUGAUCUUAUAGAUAAAGAUAUUAAUACAAUUCUAGAUAUUGUUAAAUAAUAAUUAACAUUAUUAAGAGAUUUCUAUGUUAAAGAUAUUCAAACUCAUGCUGAAUAAAAUAAUUCUCUCUUAAUCUCAUUUUAUAAUACAGAAAAAUACACACUCUCUAAAAUUAAAGAAUAUGCACAUAAAAAUCUCUUUGAAAUGACACCUGCUGAAAUGGAUCAUAGUAUGUUAUUAAUGGAUCCAACUCAUUUAGAUAAACUUAUUAAUAAACUCUCUCAAUUUGAUGAUUAAACCUUAUCACUUUAAAAUAAUAUGAAAUCCUAAUGGAAAGUAAUAUAUCAAUAAUUACAAGAAUCUAUUAUUGAUAUCAUUUCUUAAAUUGGUUAAAACAAUCUUGAGUUUAUUUAGCCAACCAUUCAAGAUUCUCCAUAAGAAUUAAAUUCUAACUUAUUAAAAAAUCAAUAACAAUAAUUAAAUACUAACAAAUAAUCUAAAUUAGAUUUUUAAAGGCAUAGCUUAUAAAAUGCUCAAAAUUCAGUUAAAUAAAUAAAUUAAUAAUAAUAAUAUAAUUCAUAACAAGCUUAUCUCUAUCAAUAAUUGCCUCCUUAACCUUCCUAAAAUUCUUAACAUUCCUAAUCAAUCAAAAAAGAAGUUAAUAAACAUAGUAUCAACACUGUAAUAUAAUAAUAUUCAAGUAAAUAAAUAUCUAGAGAUUAAGCAUAAUCUAAUAAUUAGCAAUUAUCGAAUAACUAAUUAUAAUCAAAUAGCCCUAAAGCUUCUUCUGAAAAUUAAGGGUAAAAAUAAUUUCAAAAAAUACCUUAAUCAUAAUAAUAAAUGAUUUCUCCUUUGAAAAGUGGAUUGAAUACAGCAUCCUUUGGAAAUUUAGGUAAUGGUAACUAGAAAUCUCUUAAAAAUAUCAGUCAAACUAACAAUAAUUCAUUAGAUGCUUAAUCAUAUAAAGAAUUAUAAAAUAAUACUAAAGGGAAUACUAAUAUUAGAUAAACUAGCCCUAACGGAGUGAAUUAUUAUUAUUAAAGUGACGGAAAAUAAUUAGAAAAUAGAAAGAAUGCAAAUCAUGUGUAAUCUCUUAAUUCAUCAGCUUAAAAAUAAUAAUAAUCCUUUGAUAGAAGAUUAUCUGCUUAAAAAAUAUAAAAUACAUAAUUCACUUGCAAUUAUAAUAAUAUGAAAUGCAUUCAUAAUGAUCUUAUUAAAGCUUCUCCUAUAUUUAGUUGUUGUAAUUGGGUAUUAUUUAAUAUAAUAGUAUUUAGGCAUUUCCAUGUUAUGAAUGUCAUGAUAUGAUUUCCACACAUAAAGCUCAUAUUACAGUUCCGUCCUAGAGAUUCUGCCAGAAUUGCCAUGAAACAUUCUCUGUAAAUUUAAUGUCUACAGUAGAUGUCAAAUGUUAUAAAUGCUAAUGA